UCUUACAUUCUUACCCCAAAUCUGACUAGAACCACUAUUGUUGUUUCUAAUAUCUAGAUACUUACUCUAUUCAAUAUAUAUAUAAAUCCUCUCUACAUAUCUCAAUCUGAACAAUAUCAUUAUAGACCAAUUGGGCAAUAUAUAAAAUGGCUCGUGGUAGUGGAUUUCCAAGCUGUGUUCAAUGUGGCACGAGGAGCAACCCGUGUCGGUGCAAGGUGGUGGGGCCAACGUUGGGGUUCUUGGCGUUUGCGGCGGCCGCCAUCGUGGAAUGGCCAGUCGGAGCUCUCGUGUACUGCUUUAAGCACAUGAAGGGUCGCCGCAUCAUGGCUCAUCCAGCUACUCAUGUUUACCCCGCUGUCAAUAGGGCCAUUCCUAUUUGAUCAUCAUCAUCAUAUGAUUAUUUAUAUUUUAAUAUUUUGUGCAUUUCUUUUGUUUUAUUUCAUGUGUUGCCAGAACCUGAUGUAUUAUUAAGCUUUCCACUUCUUAUUUUAUAUGCUUAUAAAUGAAAAUAAAAAUGAAAGUUAGUUUCCUUA